GGCGACUAUGACGCCCUCUGGCGGCGACUCGGAUGUUUGGCGGAGACAUGGCGUCUGCGAUUCUUUUCUCGACGAGGCCUGAUCCAAGCGGUCGGGUGGUAAGCUGAAGCCCCGUGGAAACACGAAGUGCUGAUUACCCCACGUCUCCGACGAGUUGUUGAAAGACACUCGAAAUGGCUUUCGUAAAAGUUGUGAAGAACAAGGCCUACUUCAAAAGGUUCCAGGUCAAGUUCAAGAGGAGGCGUGAGGGUAAGACCGACUACUACGCCCGGAAGCGUUUGGUCGUCCAAGCCAAGAACAAGUACAACACCCCCAAGUACCGGCUGAUCGUUCGCAUCACCAAUCGCGACAUCAUCACCCAGAUCGCCUACGCUCGACUGGAGGGUGACGUUAUCAUCUGCGCCGCCUACUCUUCUGAGCUCCCCCGCUACGGCAUUAAGCUCGGUCUGACCAACUACGCCGCUGCUUACUGCACCGGUCUCCUAUUGGCCCGUCGCCUUCUCCAGAAGUUCAAACUCGAUUCCAUCUACAAGGGUUUGGAAGAAGCCACUGGCGAGGACUACGAAGUCGAAGACGUUGAAGACAAGCCCGGAGCGUUCCGUUGCUACCUCGAUGUCGGUCUCGCUAGAACCUCGACUGGUGCGCGUAUCUUCGGCGCCAUGAAGGGAGCCGUCGACGGUGGACUGAACAUCCCCCACUCGAACAAGCGUUUCCCCGGUUACGAUCCAGAGAGCAAGGAAUUCCACGCUGACGUUCACAAGCAGCACAUCUACGGCCAACACAUCGCCGAGUACAUGCGCUCGCUCCUCGACGAGAACGAGGAGGCCUACAAGACUCAGUUCGCUCGUUACAUCAAGGCCGGCGUAUCUGCUGAUGACAUCGAAGGUCUCUACAAGAAGGCCCAUCAAGCCAUACGUAAGGACCCCGCCCACCAGCCGAAGCCGAAGAAGACCGUCGAGAAGAAGAUUUGGACCGCUCAGCCGAUGACUCGUGCCCAGAGGAAGAGCCGUGUCGCACACAAGAAGAAGGCUUUCCUCAAGAAGCUCGAGGCUGGUGAUGCUUGAGAAUCGGUACAACACAACCGACAGAAUUGGAGUUUCUAAUAAAGUCGGAGGUUUUGUUGGACUUGGAAA